AGAGCAAUCACCUCACAGACUUGUACCGAAAAGAAGAGACCAUCAGCGUGGCAGGGAACGGCUGCAUCCACAGUCCUCGCUUCCCCAGCAGUUACCCCAGGAACCUCCUGCUGACGUGGCGGCUCCACUCGCCGGAGAGCACUAGGAUCCAGCUGGCUUUUGAUAAUCAGUUUGGACUGGAGGAGCCUGAAAAUGAUAUCUGCAGAUACGACUUUGUGGAAGUGGAAGAUGUGUCAGAGACCAGCACAGUUAUACGAGGACGGUGGUGUGGACACAAGGAAGUACCUCCAAGAAUAACAUCAAGAACAAAUCAAAUAAAGAUAACCUUCAAAUCCGAUGACUACUUUGUGGCUAAACCGGGAUUCAAGAUUUGUUACUCCCUUGUGUGUAGCUCGAAAGAGGCAGAUUUUGCUAACACUCAGGAAAUGGAUGAUUUCCAACAUGCAGCCUCAGAAACCAACUGGGAGUCAGUCACAAGCUCUGUCUCAGGGGUAUCCUAUCCCUCUCCAUCAGUGACUGACCCUACGCUCACGGCAGAAGCGCUGGAUCAGACCAUCGCUGCAUUCGACACAGUGGAAGAUCUGCUCAAACACUUUAACCCAGAAUCCUGGCAAGAAGAUCUUGAAAAUUUGUACACAGACAGUGGUCACCAUUACCGAGGCAGGAGCUACCAUGACAGGAAGUCCAAAG